UCUUUUAAUUGGGUUAAUUUCUGAGUUUUAAUUUUUUUGUUGUAAUUUUGCAUUUACAACAAAUGCAAAUGCUCUUCACCACCCAGCAUUGUAAUAUUGUUCUUUUCCAAAUAAAAGAAGCAAACCCUUUUCUGUUUGUAUAGAGGGUCAUUUUCACAGCCCGUCAACAAACAAAAUGAUUUUACUUUCGGGAGCAAAGGCAGAUGUGAAUUCUUGAAGAUUGGAAACCAAACAGUUUUUUCUUAAAAAAAAAAAAAAAACAUCAACCUGAAAACAUUUUCUUCAGAAAAUCUGUUUAUUUCAUCAGGUUUACAAUCAAGGUUAUUGGACAGAUCAGAGUCUGUCCUGUGAUUGGUGGCUUCCUGUCCAACAGGAAGUUGUAAACAGAGUUUAAAAGCUGCUGCAGGGCAGCAGACAUUCACAGGAAGCUGGACCAGCAAUGGCUCUGCUGAAUGUUCUGCUGCUGCUGCUGCUGCUGGGUGUCUCAGUGAACUCGGAUGUUUCUCUGCAGAAGAGAAUCAUUGGAGGUCAUGACUGUGAUGACACGGAGCGCCUUUAUCAUGUUCGCCUGAGGCGCAAGAAAGGUACAGAACGGUUCCGCUGUGGAGGAUCUCUGAUCCACUCUGAGUGGAUCCUGACUGCAGCUCACUGCUGGAGGUCGGAGCCAGGCUGGACUAACAUAGCAAUGUUGAAAGUUCAUCCACGGACUGCUGGGAAGCAGGAUCAAGUAAUCCUUCACGAUCCUGUGAUGUACACUCGCCACGGCCAGUGGCAUGACAUCAUGUUGCUGAAGCUUCAGACACCAGUAACAGAUGUCCCACCUGCUCAGCUACCAACAUGCAAUAAUCGUCUUAAAAAAGACGAUAUUGUUCAGCUGGCAGGAGAGGGAGGAACGACAACCGGCCCCAAUAAUGAACGAUUAACCAAUCCUCCUGUUUCAACACAUCUUCAGUGUGUCGAUAUGAAAGUUGAUGCUGUUUCCCACUUCAUGAGGACACGUGGGCAUGUAUUCCAUACUGCAGCACCGAACAAGGAUUUAUGUCUUGGUGACUCUGGUGGAGCAGUGCAGUACAACAACAUGAUUUAUGGUGUAAUUUGUUUAGGUGGAAAAGUUCCGUGUCAGAAACCGACUACAAUCAUAGAUGUGUGUGAAUACAUGGACUGGAUAAAACAAACAACUGGACUUAAAUAAAACUCUCAUCAAAUUUC